AUGUCGUCGUCGUCGUCGUCAUCUUCCAAACAACAACCAAAGAUAGAGGGUCCACAACCUUCCUUGACGUAUUUACGUCCCGAAGUUGCAGCGCUCAAAGCUCGGCUCGACGAAUUCAUUGAACAUGACGUCUUGCCGGCCGAAGAGGAAUACAACGAGCACUUGUCCUCCAGAUCGGGAAGCGAUCGAUGGACCAUGGACGCCCUUCCUCCAUCCUUGUCCAAAUUACAACAAACGGCACAAGAUUUGGGUUUGUGGAAUCUCUUUUUGCCACCUCGACUGGUGCCUCAUCUUCCAAAAUCCGCCAAAUCCUUGGCACCCAAUGUCGUUCUGACCUACCGGGAAUAUGGCAUUCUGGCCGAAAGCAUGGGACGAUCCGAAUUGGGAGCCAUGUCUUGCAAUUGCAGUGCUCCCGAUACUGGAAAUAUGGAAGUUUUGUUGGAAUUUGGCACUCCCCAACAAAAGGAAACCUACCUGGUGCCUUUGCUCCAGGGAAAGAUCCGAUCCACCUUUCUCAUGACGGAACCUGAUGUUGCCAGCAGUGAUCCGACCAAUUUGGAAACCAAACUAGUCAAAACUUCCGCGUCUACCUAUACCUUGACGGGAAAAAAGUGGUGGUCGACGGGAGCCAUGGACCCUCGAUGUAAAAUGGCACUGGUGGUGGCCAAAAUGGAGUACGCCCCUGGAGUUGCACCUGCGGCCUCUUCUUCUGAUGAUGGUACUACGACUUUCUCCAACAAUAGCAGCAGCAGCAGCAGCAGCAGCAGCAACAACAACAACAACAACAAGAGGCAUAGCAAGCAUACGAUUGUACUAGUACCUUUGCCGCAUCCCAAAGUCCGAGCAGUGCGACCAUUGACAGUCUUUGGCUACGACGACGCGCCGUUUGGGCAUGCCGAAGUGGCUCUGGACAGCGUUCCCCUAACACAAGAUCACUUGAUUGGAGGAGAAGGAAGUGGAUUCAAGGUCUCACAAGCAAGAUUAGGUCCAGGACGAAUCCAUCAUUGCAUGAGAGCGGUUGGAAUGACCCAACGCUGUUUCGAAUUAAUGUUGCAACGAUCCAUCGAACGCAAGACCUUUGGCAAAUAUCUAUGGCAACAUGGAACCGUCCAAGCAGAGAUUGCCGAUUCCUUUGGUGCCAUUCAAGCCGCUCGUUUGUUGACUUUGAACUGCGCCCAACAAAUGGACGAAUUUGGUCCACGGCAAGCCCGACAAUUCAUUUCCUCCAUCAAGGUCCAAGUACCGGAACUCUGCGUUGGUGUCAUUGACAAGGCUGUACAAGUACACGGGGGUGCGGGAGUAUCUGAAGAUUUUGUGUUGGCCAAGGCAUUGGCGAAUUUGAGGACGCUAAGGAUUGCCGAUGGACCAGAUGCCGUUCAUCGGCAGUCAGUUGCCAUGCUGGAAUUGAAAGGAUUGUACCGGUCCAUGUUUGGUACCGACCCUCCCCGAAGCAAGCUGUAG